AUGUCAAACUAUGGAUCAAACUCUUCAAGGGAGAACAAUGGUCAUACAUUCGCAUCUCCAAUGAUAUCAACGUCGUCACAAUCAUUCCAAUCGAUACCGGCGUGGAAGCAGAAGAUUGUCACACAACUCAAUCAUAGGAAUCAUCAGCAGACCAACACCUUCUCAGACUUGGUGCGUCUCUGUGCUGAGCUGCUAAAGAGAGAACGUACACUACAAGACAGGAAUGCCAUCUACGAGAAGGAGAUCGUCGCACUUCGGAAUGAAAAGAGAGGUGACAAGUCCUCAACUGGAGGACAGAAGGACAACUCAAGCGUCGUACCAAGGGGAGGAAAGAAUAUUGAGGAGCUCGAGAGCAAGAUGUACAAGAUGCAGGAGGAUCUGACGAUGAGCUACAAGCGUAACGCAGAGACGGCUAGCCAGAUGCUCAGUUUGACUGACCGAAACAAGAACCUACAGGACGAGCUGCUCUCCAAGGAUAUAGAGCUGGAGCGCGUGCGAUCCAUGCUGACGACAGGCGACGAAAACUACAAGAGACUAGAGUCGGUCAUCGAGGAGAAGUCCACCAUCACCAAGAUACUCACCGACGAGCUGUCGGCACUACAGAGCGAGUUCCUGCACAACGAGAGCAAGGUCAGCAAGCUGGAGCAGGAGAAUAGCGAGCUGAUCGAGCGAUGGAUCCGCAAGAAGAAUGAGGAGGCCAGCAAGAUGAACGAAGCCAAUGACUUUUAUCACAAGAUGGUCGAGCAGAGGGAGCAUCAGUUUGUACAUGUUAAGAAUGAUGAGAUAAGUCUAAGUAAUAUAUCCACGAUCGACGUUGAUGAGGAGAUCGAGAAGUCAUUGAAUAUUGACAGGCAGAUACCAACUACAUCAUUGAUGCCAUGCAAGUCGAGAAAGAAAUGGUUGGCCCAUCAGUCAGAGGUGUACUGUCUGGCCUUCAACUCGAAUGGACAGAUGUUUGCAUCAGGUAGUAGCGACAAGUCUGUCAAGCUUUGGGACACCUUCUCAUGUACACAUAAAACAACACUGCUUGGAGCAUCACAAUCGAUCAUGUCGGUGGAGUUCUCGCCCAACGAUGAACACAUUCUUGGAACCAGCAAUGACAACUCUGCCCGCUUAUGGAAUGUCGAGCUUGGUAGGCCACGCCAUACACUCACUGGACAUAUUGGCAAGGUCUACACUGGUAGAUUCAUACAUGGCUCGGACAAGGUCGUGACAGGUAGCCACGACAGGACGAUCAAGGUGUGGGACCUCCAGAAGGGAUAUUGCAAUCGAACAAUCUUUUGCUUUAGCAGUUGCAAUGACUUGGUCACCAUGUCUGGCGGCUCAAUGGUGGUCAGCGGCCACGUGGACCACAGCGUCAGAUUCUGGGAUCCAAACAGCGGCGACACCGUUCACCUGUUGUCGUCUGUUCAUGAGGGACAGAUCACAUCGAUCUCUCAGUCAGUGGACCCACAUCAGAUCCUCACAAACUCUCGUGAUCACACUCUCAAAAUUAUCGACAUCAGGACUUACGACACGGUCAGGACCUUCAAGGAUCAGGACUAUCGCAAUGGACUGAAUUGGACACGCGCAAGUUGGAGUCCAGAUGGCAAAUACAUUGCCUCUGGUUCCAUUGAUGGCUCUGUCUGUGUAUGGAAUGCUCUAUCGGGCAAGACCGAGAAGAUCCUAACCAAGGUUCACAAUACAGGAUCAUCUAUUUGUUCAGUUGCAUGGAGUCCCACUGGAUACGCAUUUGUCAGCGGUGACAAAGACAAGAAUAUCGUCCAAUGGGAAUAA